AUGAGUCGCAUUUGGUGGGUGGUGGUAGCAGCAGCGCUGGCUAUCGCUGCUGCUGACGAGGCUUCCGAUCCUGAAGGUCUCUUGGAACCUGUAAUUGGUCUUAUUACCUUUCCCUAUUUUAGUAAUUUCUCUAAUCACAGGAUGAACCUGUACAGGAAUCUGACCUCUUCAAAGAUAAGAGAUAAGAGCGGGAUUAUGGCAGCAGUAGUGCCAUAA